GUCCCCGCACUACAUUAUUCGUUGAAUGUCAUAUUUCAGUAAACCAAACGCCAGUGUGGAAAGCCAUUUAAUUCAUAGCUAAUAAUUCAAGUCAAGCAAUCAUCAUUUACAUGCAUAUUGCUUGAACUAAAUUGUCAAUUUCCUCUCAUGUAAACAAAACACGUGCCCUGCAAGUGCUUGACGCAUGCAUAAAAGAGCUUGCACUUGUGAUAAAUCAAAAUAAAAAAGUGUGCAGUAUCUGAUACUCUUGGGUGCCUCAAAACAAAACGUGCAUAGCCAACUCUGAUCUUCUUUGCAUGAGAGUGAAGACCAGCAAGAUAUAUGACCAUGACUAGCUGAUAUAUCCCAAUGCCUUAGAUUCCUUGCAUUACAACAGCGAAUUCAGGUGAGGUGGUAUUUGGGGGAAUGAUUUGGUGAAGGAUUUGGCAGGGGGAGGUUCUUAUAUCCAUCCAGUUUGGUCCUUAGCCUCACCAUACAGAUACGAAGGAUCAAAAGAACAGAAAACAAAAGUAGAUUCCAAGGUUCACUUGAAAUGCAGUAGCAAUUGUAACACAAUGUGAACAUAAAGUAGAUGCCAUGACCAUUUAUCCAACUAUAUAUAUGUAAUAAUUUAACUGCCUUUUGCUGCAUUAUCAACCAAAACUAAAAGGUGCUCGGUCAGUUAUUCAAGUGCUCAUUGAAGCCAAUCAUGAUGCAUGGACGGGAUCCGCUUGUGCUCGGGCAGGUAGUAGGUGAUGUGCUGGAUCCUUUCAUUAGAUCGGCAAUGUUGAGGGUGGUGUACAACAACAAGGAGAUCACCAAUGGCACUGGACUAAGACAGUCGGCAGUGGUGAAUGCUCCAACGGUUGAGAUUGGUGGUGAUGAUGAGCAGAUUCUCUACACACUAGUGAUGGUGGAUCCAGAUGCUCCAAGCCCAAAUAAUCCGGAAAAUAGAGAAUACCUACACUGGUUGGUGACAGAUAUACCAGAGACAAUGGAUGCAAGUUUUGGUAAUGAAGUAGUCCACUAUGAAGGGCCACGACCACAAGCUGGAAUUCAUAGAAUUGCUUUUGUAUUAUUUAAGCAAGAAACUCAGCAAACGGUUUAUGCACCAGGAUGGCGUCAAAACUUCAAUACUAGGGAUUUUGCAGCAGUUUACAAUCUUGGAUCCCCUGUUGCAGCAGUGUAUUUCAAUUGUCAGAGAGAACAUGGUUGCGGUGGCAGAAGGUAAACUGACUUUUUCUAUUACUGUUUAGGGUAAACUCAUAAUUCUUACUGUUUGUCUGAUUUGAAUGUGCAAGCUAUCACAUUAAUUCAGUUUCUUGAAUAAGUCAACAAUGAAUGCAAACAAUGUCUUCAAUUCUACACAUACUUUAAAUUGAGAUAACAUGCUGGCACACUUUAAUCCUAAACUAAAACUUUAAAAAAAUUUGCUGUACAUUUAAGCUUUAAAAUCUGAUGUCUUUAUAAUUUCUAGUCAGUUCCUAUCAUGUAAAUGCAUAGAACAAUACAUGCAAUAUGAAAAAACUCUUCCUGUAUCUUAGUUAUAAAGUUCUUUUGAUUGUUUUCUUUUAUUAUAAGACGUCCCACAGUAGAUAGACCAUGUCUAAUAAUACCCCAAGGACAACAAAGACUAGAACUCAUCAGGUUAUGUCACCAGAAUUUCUUCGGAGAAAAAGGGACAAAGAUUAUGUAGAACUACCCUUGCAGAACUUUAACUCAAGUAAAAUUGCUAUAAUCUUUGGUUCGGCAAGUGUUGUAUCUUGGCCAAUCAAUAUUCAUUAAAUAUUUUCUUCAUGAUAUUUAUCAACAGAUUCAUCCAUAUGCACUAUUGAAUACCUUUAUAUCACAAAAUACAGCUAUUUCUUCAAAAUCUGAAUAUUCAUUUUCUAAUGGAAGGUUCCUCGGGGUGAACUGAUUCUAUCAGUAAUACAUUAAAUAUCAGCUGUUCAGAGUUCAGAUACUCACUUAAUUUCAAGAAGAGUGCAAUACAAGAGUAGCACUUCAAGAAUCAUGUAACUAUUUCUUUUUUGUAGCCAUAAGUAUGUUUUUUCUUCUAGGGAUGUCCAUUUUUGUUUUUUUCCCUAAUUUAAAGGGUUCUGCAAUAUUGGAGAAGUUGUCCUAUUUAUGUAUUAAGCUAAAAAUAAUUGAACUUUUCAAAUUUGCUAGAACCAGUGAUUUUCCAUUUACAUAAUGUAGAAACUUAAGUAAAAGGACGCCUGUUCAAAGAUAGAACCAUUUGAACAGUUCUAUUACAUGCAUCUUUCUUCUUGACUGUUCAAAUGUAAUUUCCC